AUGUCGCAGCGCAUCACGCCGCUGACGCGCAAUCAGCUGCUAGAGCUGGAGGCGCUCGUGCGCAAUUUAAUCAGUGCCGUCACGCAGCAGCACGCACAGCCGUCAGCAACGCUCGCCUCGGUGGAGGAGCAGAGUUGGCCCCUCAGCGCUUCAUCGACGCCGACGUCAGUGAAUCACUCGAACAGCGGAAGCUGCACGAAAGUUUGUGCGUCCACGCCGCUCUCAAACGGAGGUGCGGGCGGCGGCCUCUGCGCCGCCCCCUCCUUCCCUGGGACGGUGCAUGAUGCACAGGCGCCGCAGCUGCCGGUUGCCGCACCAUCUGACCAAGACGACGAUCCUUCAUCCUACCUUGUGGACGGCGGCCUCAGCGACCCCCAUCACCGUCUGAAUCAUCCACAGCCCGACCCAGCCGCAGCAGCACCGGCCGAUCACGCCGUGCUGCACGGUGCCUUCAUUGACGUGCUUGCCGACCCGUGGACCGCCACGACGUGGCGACUCUACGAUAAGAUCGAGUAUAUCGUUUGGUGGUCCUAUCGGCCGCCGAGCUGCACAAAAUGCGGCAUGCAGGACGCGUGGAUGCCAUCCGGCGACGUCGAGUUCCAGUGCGCCUUCUGCUUGAGCGGCGCUGGCACGACUCGCAGCAACGCCAUCGUAGAGGACACGACGGCGGCGAAGCAGGAUCAGGCAGGCAUGGAGGACAGUGGCGACGACGACGACGACACCGGCGGCUUUGCUGCCGUUGGAGGCCGCCCCCGGGCAGGGAAGCAGCCGGGCAGCAGCGGCAGCGGUGCAGGCGGCGGCGGCCCCAUCGACGCGUACAUCUUCUUCUACGAGUGGUUGCAGCGCAUUCCCCUCUUAGGGCCAGCAGGGCCCAUCUCAGCGGCCAGCGCAGGCAGCUCGGGCAACCGCCUGGACGGCGCAGCGAGGCCAGCUAGCCAGCGUGCCCCGGCAUCAUCGUCGGCCCAUGGAGCGGGCACUCACGCAGGUGUUUUUCCAUCGUCCGCCGGCGGCAACCAUCGCGCCGAGCGGCAUGGCGGCACAGCGGCCAGCAACGCUGCCGGCGCAGGAGCAGGUCGAGGAACCGGCAGCAGCAGCAGUAGCGUUCUCCUACCGGCGGGCGAGUCGCUGCCGAUGGUUCUCCGGGCGGCGUACGACAUGGGGACUCUGUUGACGACCCCCGGGCUCCCGCGCGGCACGGCACCCGGCCUUCGAGCUGCUGCCUUGUAUCUAAGUCUCCUCCUCCAUCGUUUUGUGUCGCUGUUCCCGCUAUUCUGCCUAGCCGGACGUAUCCCAGCCUCCGCGGCAACCGCAGGAGCCACAGCACUGGCAGCAGUGGAGGCUAGCCAGCACCGUGGGCCGCACGAGGCGGCGGGGGCAGAGGCCCACUGCACUGACGUGGAGCUGCAGUGGGUGGACGUGGAGUUGAUCGGCGCCCUCCUCGGCGUUUCCGUGCCAUCCUUCUUUGAGUCCACCGAGGUGUCGCUGCAGCACCUGCAGAACGUCUUCACUGUGGCCGCCGCGUACGGCGUGCCGAGUGUGCUGUGGCACCCGGGGCGCGUUCCAGGGCGCGUGGAGACAAUGAAGGCGCUGAAGGAGAAGAUGGAGCCGCUCUGUCCCGUGCCAUUCGCGGCGGCAGGUGUAUCGGGGCUCUGCCCAGAGCACACAGCAAUGAUCGUCGCGCUCGAGCUCGCGCGGCGGGUUGAUGCGCAGCCGAUCGCCGUCUCCUCAACCUCGCCUGCGGCAGCGGCGCAGAACGCGCAACGGAUUGGGAUGUGGCUCGACGCCUUCGGGCUGUACCCCACCCGCACAGUGUACCGAGAUGCGCACAGCUAUCAUCAGUACGUUGUGACGGCAGAGAAGCGGCAGGAUAGCGGCGACGGCGCAGCCGACGGUGACGCCGCGCAAGACCGCCACCUCAUCUUGGCGUCGUGGGAGAAGACGCUGACUGAGUUGGCAGGCAUGAAAGACCCGCAACUGAUAGCCGCGGCCGAGCGGCACACGCGUCGGCACGAUGGCAACGAUGACCGCGCCAAGCGGCUCUUCCUCACGACGUCCACCUCGCCCUUCUACAAGCGCUUCGAGUGGAUCCUCACUUCUCCGUGUGCGAACGCGCUCCUGCACGUGUUUGCGGCAGUGUUCCGCAUGACCCCAAUGGAGCUGGCGGACAUGGCGCUACGCAGCGGCAUCUACCAAGGACCCGCGAGCGGCUUCAUCGCCACGCUACGCACGGCGGUGCUGCGUGGCGCCUACGACGUCAUGCCGCUGGCCCGGCGUCUGUCGCCGCUGACGUCGUCGUGGAUGUGCACGUACAUGGCCCUGCACUCCGGCGACCGCCUGCCGCUGCUCACGGCGCUGCGCCAACUGAACGAUGCGCAGAACUCCACACGGGACCGGCAAGCGGCGCUGACGCGGCUGGUGCAGCGCGUUCUCCGCAAGCAUCAGGCCCCACAGGUGUACCAGCUGAACUUUGUUCUCCGCGUCACAGACGAAGUCGAAAAGCACUUCAACGGCGUCUACUUCCUGUCAAGCGUCCUCUGGCAAGAAGGCCUCGCCAUCUUCACGUGCCUGCGCUCCGGUCGCAAGACAAUCACGCUGAACCGGUACACAAAUCGCAUGUCCCUGUGUUACAUGAACGCCAAGGAGAAGCAUGUCGACCACCUGAGCAUGCACGUCGUGCCCCCAGUGGUGGCGGCGGUGGAGACGGAGGCGACACGGUUGGUGAUGGAAAUGGCGCUGGGUAUCAGCACAGCGUCUGUUGGUGACCCAUGGGGGAACGUUGUUCGCAGCCUUGACAAGUGUGCGCGCGUGCGGCGCCGCAUGCGAGUACCGAUGCUGGCGUCGCGCCUCGACGCACUCGCCUCCAUCCGCGAGCACGCCAGCACCGUCACUCGCCAGCUGCAGCAGUUCCCGUCCUACUUUGGCGGCGCCGGCGGCCAACUGAUCUCGAUGGGGCCGACGCUGCUGGGGUAUGGUGACGCAGAGACGUUGCUGGCCUCCGCGCCACCGCUGGAUGUACAACAGCUGCGUCGCGAUCUACAGUGGAACUACCUUUGCCUGCCGCAUGUGUCGCUCCUCGCAGGGCUCUCUGAAGACCGCGUCGUGGCGAUGUACGCGUCGCUGGUGGGGCUCCUAGAGCUGAUCCACCUGCGCCUUGUGGAGUCGGCCGCGGCGGCCUCUGCGAGCAGCACCGCUGCAGCACUCAGCAACUGGGUGGAGGAGCUGCUUUAUGUAGACGACGAGGAGCAGCGUGUGCAAGCGGAGGUGGACGCGCUGCAGCAGGGCCUUGACAGUGCGGCAGCCACGGGCUGGUCACCGCCAGCUUAUCGCAACAGCCAUCCUGGCACGCCGAAGCUGUCACGCAGCCCAAAGUCGAAGUUCUUGGCAAUGUCGGCCUCGACCAACGCACCCCUUGGUAGCGCUUCCUCGGCCUUUGCUGCGUCCUGCGGCGGUGGUGGCGGUAGCGGAGUGCGGCACAAUAACGGACGGCCUCGCGGGUUUUCGCCGCCGCUGGCACGGCAGCCCUACACAAUGACCCCGCCAUCUGUGGCACCCAUCCGCAGCCCCAUCCCGCGCUCGUCGGCGGCCACCUCGGCCUUUACACCUUCCCACAACGCGGUCUCGACGCCGACGGCACAUCGCUUGCGCACCCCGCCGCUGGGGUGCGCACCAAACAGCUGCAGCGGCGGUGGUGGUGGUGGCAGCUGGAGGGCGCGGGAUGUAUGUGUCGCCGACGGGCUGCCACUGCCGGACCUGGAACUCGCGGAGAGCACGGCCGACAUCGCACAGCCGACGUCGAACCUGCUGUUAGGCGCACGACAACAGCCGCAGCCCCUCAAGGGGCAGCGGUGUCGACGGCGCCGUUGGGGCGACAGCGACGAUGACGGCGACGCGGUCGGCAGCGACGAUGAGGAUCGCGGCCUGCCGAAGGCUUUCACCGACGGGGACGGCGAUGGCGACGAGCAGCAGGAGAGGAUGCUGAAGAAGAGGGCGACCGAAGCCAAUAUGGAGCGCCAACGGUGUGACGACGUCAUGCGCCUCCUUCGGCAAGCUCUACCGCCGUACUGGGAAGUACUACUCGGGGCAGCAACAGACCUCUCCGCGUCACUCCUGUCCACCAGCGGCGGGGACAACGACGAGGACGAAGACGAGGACGAGGCCGAGUCGACUACCCGGAGCGGUAGGCGGCGCAGGGCGUCGCCGCAGGAUCGGCGAACUCGACGGCCAGGGCCAACGACGGCGUCGCGGCCCACCCGGCGGGGCGACGGUGGUAGCGCUGACACGGGCAAGGGAGCUGGUGCCUUGGAGUUGCCCAGUGAAGCCCUCGUCACGCACAAGCCCUUCAGCAUGUUCGACGCCGAGGAAUGCCGCCGACGUCUGCGCCGCCUCUACACCUUCAUCAGCACCUACGAGCGACGGAGGAUCGCGCUGCUCCAGCUGGCCGCAGAAGGGAAGCUUCCAAAGAUGGCGACUGCGGCGGCUGCCGCGCGGUCGCCGAAGUUGCACAACGGGAGCCCCCUCACCCCGGCGCGUGCCACAGCCACCGCGGCGGGUGUCGGCUUUUCCACACCACUGCGUCUCUCCCCUCCGCCGCGGCUCGUGUCCCCCUUGCUGCCACCGAAACCGGUCGGCGGCGAUGGUGGCACCACUGCUGCCCAACGCUCGCCACCGCACUGCCAGCAAGUGUCCCCGCCCAUUCGAGCAGCUGCCCCGCAACCGCGCCAACGUGGCGAGGGCGCCGCCGGUGGCGGUGGCUCACCGCGGCCGUCACCGUCCCUCUCCCCUGUCUCGUCGUCGCAGUCGAGCCGCCGCAGCCCGCGACGGCAGCAUCAGCGUCGCUCACCGCCGCAGCAGUCCAGCGCACGCCUCAAGUCGGCACAGAAGAGUGCGUCUGGUCUCAGCGGCAGCGUAAACCCGAGUAAGCAGCGCAGCGGCAAGCACACCUUCGGCGACGUGCGUGGCAAUGGCGCUGGUGCGGCUGCGGCUGCGGUUGCGGUCGAGGACGGCGUUGGUGACAACUUCGCCUUGCCGCCAUCGGAAGUGGCGUGGCAGGAGUCGUGCGUCAGAGCCGCUACUUUGUCGCGAGGAGCGGGGGUGAUGGCGGGAAAGGGGACUGCCCGUCGGGCGGAGCACGUGAGCGGCGGAGGCGAGCAGGACAGACGAACAUCACCCCCUGGGCGCUGGUGCGACAAGCCGUCAGCGAAUGAGAACGGCGACGACAAUGACGAGGAACGCACCUCGAGCAGCAGCUCGGACGUUGAAAGAGAAGGUGAUUCCCACGGCUGCCGCCAACCCCUCUCCCUCGCGUCGAGCGAGGAUGAUGAGCAGCAGCGGCAGACGCCAUCCAUGCGAGUGAUGCAGCCGCAGAAGCGCUGGCGACCGAGCAGUGACCGCGAGGAUGGUGACAAGGACGCCGAUGAGGAUCACCCACGGCGACGCACAGAGAGCAGAAACGGAGAUGAGAACACAGAUGAAGCAUCACGUGCUGAAGAGCAGCACCGUCGCAAGGCCAAGAAGACGGGUCGGCGAAGACGUCGUCAGGAGCAGACCUUGCAGCAGCACCAACAGAGGAAGCAGGUGUCGUCGCGGUCCCCGCUUCACAGUCAUGAGCCAAGCAAGGAUGGUGCCAGUUGCUCCCCAGAGGUGCGCGCUGGAAGAGGGAGACCAGGCUCUGUUGACAGUGUAUCAUCGAGGAUCGGGUCACCAGGGCUGCCGCCUCGUCCAAGCAGAGCCGAGAUGGAGGUCAAGGGCAGCCCUGUGACACCUUCCCAAGCAGUGCCGUCGAUCCGUGCUCGAGUCAAGCGGUCUGCCUAUGCCGCUGCCACCUCUGCUGCGCCGGUCGGAGAUGCGGAUGCCUACGACGCGGACACGAACUAG